GGGAAGAUAAGAAGCUACCAUCGGCUAACUAUAAACUUGCUAGCUUAACAGUAAAAAGACAGAAGUAAAAGAUACUAGCUAAAUCACAAGCGGUAGUUGAUUACUCUCGUCUAUCACGUCUGACGACACUGAGGCGGAAGCGGGAAGAAAACAACAAGCAGUUUGUUUCAUUUUCUGAGCUUUUUUAAAGAGCACUACUAUAUACAAUGGACGUGGUGGAGACCAAACUCCCAGGAUCCCCUGGGCCCAAAUGUAUACAUGGGGAUCAAGUAACGCAGACCCUGGGGGUGGUGAAGCAGGAGGACUGUGGGCCCCUAACAACACCCUUAACAAAGUACCUGAGUUUUGCCCAUGUGAAAACAGAAGAAGAGGAGGAAGAGAUAUGGGGUGUGGCUCACCCAAGUACAGGGUUCUUCAACGUCAAGAAGGAGGAAGAGGAAGAAUGUAUAGUAUAUCCUAUACAGCCUAAUAACAACCCAAGCCCCACUUCUGACAUUACCAGCCACAGUUCUGACGACUCCAGCCCUGACAAUGGCCCUAGAGCCACCCCUGACAAGAACAACCCCCGCCAUAACAACAACCCCAGGUCUGGCCCUGCCAGUGGAGGGGCAUCGGACAAGGACCCUGCAUCCGGAGAGGAGAGGAGCCCCCAGAACUCAGCAAACCCAGGGACUAAGCCCAACAAGACCAAAGGCGGUCAUCAGAGGCCGUUCCCCUGCUCUAGGUGUGGGAAGCGUUUAUCCACCACUGUUAGCUUAGACAAACACCAGAUCAUCCACACCCGACUGAGACCGUACCCCUGCUCCGUACCGGCCUGCACCAAGAGGUUCUGCUCACCAGCCGAGCUGAAGAGACACACACUUACACACACAGGAGAGAGACCCUUCCCCUGUCCAGACUGUGACAAGAGCUUCACCAUAUUGGCUGCUUUAAAGACCCACCAGAGAACACACACAGGAGAGAGACCUUACGUCUGUGAGGUGUGUGGAAAGGGCUUCGCCCAAACGGGGAACCUGAAAUCCCACGAGCGCAGGCACACCGGAGAGAGACCGUUCUCCUGCUCCUUCUGUGGGAAGACAUUUGUAGAGUCUGGCCAUCUGAAGAAGCACCAGCGUAUCCAUACAGGAGAGAAGCCGUACCACUGCAGCAGCUGCCCCAUGAAGUUCCCUUCCUCCAGCGAGCUCAGGGUCCAUGAGAAGAUCCACAGCCAGGACAAGCCUCACAGCUGUUCCUACUGCGGCAAGGCAUUCAAACAGCUGUCCAACCUCAAGCUCCACCAGAGAAUACACUCUGACGAGAAGCCUUACGCCUGCUCCUACUGCGAGAAGACCUUCCGUGCUCAGGGGACCUUAAAGGUGCACCUGCGGACUCACACAGGAGAGAGGCCUUACCCCUGCUUAGACUGUGACAAGCGUUUCAUCACGUCCUCAGAGUUAAAGGUACACCAGAGGAUUCACACAGGAGAAAAGCCCUUCUACUGCUAUGACUGUGGGAAGAGUUACUAUCAGCUGAAGCAGCUGAAGGAACAUAUGAAGUUCAACCCGGACCACAGCACCACACGUAGCGGACUCAAUAACAUAGAGGACGAGGACAAGCUCUACUCUACGUCACGCCAUGAUGAUGUAACGAUGUCUUGAUCAAUAACAUAGAGGACGAGCUCUACUCUACGUCACGCCAUGAUGAUGUAACGAUGUCUUGAUCAAUAACAUAGAGGACGAGCUCUACUCUACGCCACGCCAUGAUGAUGUAACGAUGUCUUGAUCAAUAACAUAGAGGACGAGCUCUACUCUACGCCAUGAUGAUGUAACGAUGUCUUGAUCAAUAACAUAGAGGACGAGCUCUACUCUACGUCACGCCAUGAUGAUGUAACGAUGUCUUGAUCAAUAACAUAGAGGACGAGCUCUACUCUACGCCACGCCAUGAUGAUGUAACGAUGUCUUGAUCAAUAACAUAGAGGACGAGCUCUACUCUACGUCACGCCAUGAUGAUGUAACGAUGUCUUGAUCAAUAACAUCGAGGACAAGCUCUACUCUACGUCACGCCAUGAUGAUGUAACGAUGUCUUGAUCAAUAACAUAGAGGACGAGCUCUACUCUACGCCACGCCAUGAUGAUGUAACGAUGUCUUGAUCAAUAACAUAGAGGACGAGCUCUACUCUACGUCACGCCAUGAUGAUGUAACGAUGUCUUGAUCAAUAACAUAGAGGACGAGCUCUACUCUACGCCACGCCAUGAUGAUGUAACGAUGUCUUGAUCAAUAACAUAGAGGACGAGCUCUACUCUACGUCACGCCAUGAUGAUGUAACGAUGUCUUGAUCAAUAACAUAGAGGACGAGGACAAGCUCUACUCUACGUCACGCCAUGAUGAUGUAACGAUGUCUUGAUCAAUAACAUAGAGGACGAGCUCUACUCUACGUCACGCCAUGAUGAUGUAACGAUGUCUUGAUCAAUAACAUAGAGGACGAGGACAAGCUCUACUCUACGCCACGCCAUGAUGAUGUAACGAUGUCUUGAUCACUAACAUAGAGGACAAGCUCUACUCUACGUCACGCCAUGAUGAUGUAACGAUGUCUUGAUCAAUAACAUAGAGGACGAGCUCUACUCUACGUCACUCGUGAAGUAGUGCAGGAAAGCACAGGGUUUAGCCCAAAUGACUUAGUGUUUGGUCAUAGGGUGCGUGGGCCUUUAGCAGUGCUGCAGGAUGGUUGUUUGCCUGAGGAACCACCUUGGAACCUUAUUGACUAUGUAAAUGGUUUUAGGUUGAAGUUGUAUAGGGCGUUGUAUAGGCAAGUCAGUUUAGAACAAAUUCUUAUUUAUAAUGAAGGCCUACCCCGGUCAAACCUGGACGACGCUGGGCCAAUUGUGCGCCGCACUAUGGGACUCCCAAUCACGGCCGGAUGUGAUACAGCCUGGAUUCAAACCAGGGACUGUAGUGACGCCUCUUGCACUGAAAUGCAGUGCCUUAGACCGCUGUGCCACUCGGAAAUCCCCUCCAAAAAAAUAUAUAUUUAUCAUCCUCAGUGAUGCCAUCGGUGCCACAUCAUUGGAAAGAGAGACCAAUUGUUAAAAAAAAGAUAUCACAUUACUUUGCUAGCUCUCUACUCGUUCCGUGAUGACGUCACAGUGGUGAUGUCAACAUGUCUGUUAGAAUGUUCUGUCGUUGCACUGAACAGACACAAGGUCAAUGUUCUUUUAAGAUGCCGAUAGAAUGAUCGUUUUGAUGAAAUGUUUUGAGACAUUUUUUAGGUUGUUUAGAAACUGACAUGACAUGAAAGACACAUUUUACUACGUUUCCAUUACAGUUUUUAUGUGCGUGAAGUCAUACUGUAUAAACCAAAAAAUGAGUGACAGCUGUGAAGUUUUUGAUACAAUUUUAUAAAUGCCGACAGAUCAUUUGUUCGUCGACAUGGUGGGAUCUUUUUGUGUCGGUAAACUAAUUUAUGUGAGAAAUGGCGCUGGAAACGCGUUUUAUGUGCAAAUAUUGAUAUAAUACCCAUCAUAUAUCUGUGAGCUGCUAGCUAGAGCACAUGUGCCAAAACUAGACUAGGCACAUUUGCUUUUAAACGCAACAGUUUUUGUGACAAAACUAUCCGUAGAGUUGAAAAUGCAACGGAAACACAUUGAAAAAAAUGUAUUCGGUACCUGAAAACUUAAGUGGGAUUCAGUUUGGUGGAAACACCACUGGUGGGAAUAUGCGCAUAUUUUAUUUAUGCUAAUUCUAGAAUAUUAACAUGGAAAUCUGUCGCCUAUUGGAUGGAAAACUAGUUUAUGAUGUGAAUUGUUUCUCUUGGACACAUCUGUUGGCUUUCAUGUUUGUGUAAAGGUUACCGUUAAACCAUAUCAGUCAAUAUAAUUCAUCAAUACAGCCAGUCAAUGAAGAUAACAGUCUUGAAAUUAAACAAGACAUGUACAUCACUUUAUCUGUUAAAGUAGUGUGCCUAGUAAGUACAGCCAUGUUUUGGAGGGGGGUUACACACCUCUAUCAGUGGCGGCUGGUGGGAGGAGCUAUAGGAAGCCGGGGUCAUUGUAAUGUCUGAAAUGGAACAAUAUCAAACAAUAAACAUAUGUAAACCACA